AUGGUUCGCACCCAUUCACUGGCUCUGAUUAUUGGCCUGGUUGGCGUCGCCAGUGUAUCAGCUCAUCAGGAGCCCAAGACCGACGCAGAGAUUGAGACACAGAGGGCGUUACAAAGAGCUGCUUACUAUUGCGCUCCCGCUGUAGGAGAAUUCACAGCUGCUCGUAAACGUGCAUGGCAACAACAGGUCCUCGCUGGGAAUCCUUCAUUACCCACAAACGAAGACCUUUUCAAUUCAGGGACCUAUCCUUCCGGCUCUCAAACAACUCCGCAAGGGAAGCAGGAAAUACUAGCUUGCGAUGUCAUCGAAGAAGAAACAGAAAUGCAGAACAAUAGCUGUGUUUUAACACCUAUCGUUACCGAGGGUCCUUAUUACCAUAAUUCCGGGCAUCCUAUCCGUCAGAACAUCGCUGAGUAUCAGAUCGGUCUUCUUACUUACCUUGACAUUGGUGUCAUCGACGUCAAUACCUGCAAGCCAUUACCCAACGUCCUCGUUGACAUAUGGCAAGCCAAUGCAACUGGUCACUACGCAGGGCAUCCUGAACCUGCUCCGCAUCUCGUCAAUGAACAACCACAAGUCGGAGGAAAACGUUCAGGUCUUUUAUCUGCCUUUCCCCGUACCAAUUUCCACGAACAAUGGCUACGGGGUGCUUGGCAGACGGAUUCUCAUGGUGUCGCCCGGUUUACUACAAUAUUCCCUGGGUACUACACUGGCCGUGCCACUCACGUUCAUGCCAAGGUCUUCACUAGUUGGACGGAGAAUCCUAACGGUACGUUCGAUGGUGGAAAACUUGCCCAUGUCGGCCAGUUCUUCUUCGAGGACGACCUCAAUAUGCAAGUCGACAAGAUGUACCCUUACGUCGAAAACCCUAUUCGUGACAUCCGCGGGCGUACGCGUAAUUGGCGUGAUUCGUUAAACAUUUUCGAGGACUCGCACGGUCCAGAGGGUGAAUACAACCCCAUUUUCAAGAUGCAUUUGCUAGGAGGCGUGAUUAAUCAGGGACUGGUUGGAUUUAUUACAAUGGGUAUCAAUGGGAGCUACGAGAUGGACAACUGGUGGAAGGGCUAG